AGAGAUUUUAUGUCUUCUCACGCCUACGCGUUCCUCAUUCUCUUCUUCUCUCUCAAUUAAGGGGGGCCCUAACAGAACAGAGUGCAGUUCAGAGCAGAGCCCUAGUCUUGUGUUCAGAGGAAUUCAAGGUUUCUGAGGCACAAAUGGCGACCACAGCACAAACGCGGCGAUCUUCCUCGGCUUCCAAUGCGGCUGCCAAGAGGCAAGCGGCCGCGGCGGCGGAAAAUCGCCACGGAAAGGUCGCGGCGGCCGUCGAGCAACGCCUGGCCCAUAAACGCCCCGCGCUCACCAAUAUCACCAACCAGAGGACCGGCUCUCUGCUUUCCUCGCGAAGCACGUUCUCUGAAUCCUCAGGCAUUGUGCCCUGCACAUCGAAGAAUGUUGGUAUCAAGAAGAGUUCUUCUAGUUCUACGGGUAAUGCUGGAUUCUUAGGGACUUCGGUCGUUCCAACAUCCACCCUUGUGAAACCUAUCACAGUACCCUGUAAGGGUCCAUCUGCUAUUGGAAGUGAUGCAAUUCUCCAGAAGGCCACCCUCCCUCCUGUCACAUUCAGCAUCGAUAAUUCUCCAGCUCAGUCGGAUGGGAUGACGGCUUCUAUGGAUGAAUCCAUGUCUCCUUGUGAUUCACUAAGAAGUCCAGAAGUUGAAUAUAUUGACAACAAUGAAACUGCUGGAGUUCAUUCCAUUGAGAAGAAGGCAUCUAGUGCGCUCUAUAUUUCGGAGCACCAAGGAACAACAGGCAAUAUAUGCAAGAGAGACAUAAUUGUGGACAUUGAGUCAAGGGAUCACAUUCCUAACAUUGAUGAUAAUCUUGAGGACCCUCAAUUCUGUGCAACCAUGGCCUGUGAUAUCUACAAGCACUUGCGAGCAUCUGAGGCAAAGAAAAGGCCAUCCACUGAUUUCAUGGAUAAGGUUCAGAAAGACAUAAAUGCCAGCAUGCGUGCAAUUCUGAUUGAUUGGCUGGUUGAGGUUGCUGAAGAGUACCGACUUGUCCCAGAUACCUUAUAUCUGACUGUUAAUUACAUUGAUCGCUAUCUUUCUGGCAAUUUAAUGGAUAGGCAACGGUUACAACUGUUGGGCGUGGCUUGCAUGAUGAUUGCAUCCAAAUAUGAAGAGAUUUGUGCACCUCAGGUAGAGGAGUUCUGCUACAUCACUGACAACACAUAUUUCAAGGAGGAGGUAUUGCAAAUGGAGUCUGCUGUUUUAAAUUACUUGAAGUUUGAAAUGACAGCCCCAACAGCUAAAUGCUUUUUGAGGAGGUUUGUCCGUGCUACUCAAGGAUUCAAUGAGGCUUCAUCACUGCAAUUGGAGCACUUGGCCAGCUACCUUGCAGAGCUAUCUCUUCUAGCAUAUGACAUGCUUUGUUAUUCUCCUUCACUUGUUGCUGCUUCAGCAAUUUUUCUGGCGAGAUACAUACUUACUCCUUCUAAGAAACCUUGGAACUCUACAUUGCGGCAUUACACUCUCUACCAGCCAGCUGAUUUGCGUGACUGUGUUAUGGCACUCCACAACCUUUGCUGCAACAGCCACCAUUCUAGUUUACCGGCAAUCAGAGAAAAAUACAGCCAGCAUAAGUAUAAAUUUGUCGCGAAGAAGUUUUGCCCUACAACAAUACCAUCUGAGUUCUUCCAAGACGUAAGUAGCUGAUGACUGUUGAACGCCAUACUGGAAGUGCACUCUCCUUAAGCACACCCCGCAAGGCGCCCACACCAUUGGAAGAGCAAAGUUAAUCAAUUUUUCUAUUUGUAAAAUGCGCUAAAUGUCAGUAAUAAUGGAUGGCUGAACUCACUGGGGCUCAGUGGCUGUCUGUUGUGCUUCGCUGACUUGCACUUUGCAAUUGUGUAACGUUACUGCUUUUUUGCUAGUUCAGAUUGUCUGUACUUGCAACUUGUGUACAGAUGAGCUCUAAAGCUUGUAUGGGCUGAACCUGAUUUGAGAAAACUAGUUUAGUGUUUUGUUUCUGUACUAGAGAUGAGGGUAUAUGUAUAGCCAGUGGCAACCCUGAAAUGACAUCAACUUCAUUUUCCAGAGAUAAUGCUUCAUUUGCAGCUC